GCGGAGCUGCUCUCGCGGGAUCCGCGGACGCGGCCUGGGCCCGCGUGAGCCAGCGCGGUAGGCCGGGCCCCGGCGGCUCGGCUCGGCGCGGCCAUGGCGGGGCAGCAGUUCCAGUACGACGACAGCGGCAACACGUUCUUCUACUUCCUCACCAGCUUCGUGGGGCUCAUCGUCAUCCCCGCCACCUACUACCUGUGGCCGCGCGACCAGCACGCCGAGCAAAAUCGAUUGAAAAAUAUAAGAAAAGUAUAUGGAAGAUGCUUGUGGUAUCGUUUGCGAUUAUUAAAACCACAACAAAAUAUAAUUCCUACAAUAAAGAAAAUAAUCCUCUUGGCUGGAUGGGCAUUAUUUCUGUUUCUUGCAUAUAAAGUUUCCAAAACGGACAGAGAAUAUCAAGAAUACAACCCUUACGAAGUUUUACAUUUGGACCCGGGCGCGACAGUAUCUGAAAUUAGAAAACAAUAUCGUGCUCUGUCUCUGAAAUACCAUCCAGAUAAAGGAGGAGAUGAAGUUAUGUUCAUGAGGAUUGCUAAGGCUUAUGCAGCUUUAACUGACGAAGAAUCUCGAAAAAAUUGGGAAGAAUUUGGCAAUCCAGAUGGGCCACAAGCUACAAGCUUUGGUAUUGCAUUGCCAGCUUGGAUUGUCGAUCAGAAGAAUUCUAUUUUGGUUUUGCUUGUGUAUGGAUUGGCAUUUAUGGUUAUUCUUCCAGUUGUUGUGGGUUCUUGGUGGUACCGAUCAAUACGCUACAGUGGAGACCAGAUUCUCAUUCGCACAACUCAAAUCUAUACUUAUUUUGUCUAUAAAACACGAAAUAUGGAUAUGAAACGGCUUGAGAUGGUUUUGGCAGGGGCCUCUGAAUUUGACCCACAAUAUAAUAAAGAUGCUACAAGCAGGCCAACAGAUAACAUUCAGAUACCACAGCUAAUCAGAGAAAUUGGUGGCAUUAACUUAAAGAAGAAUGAACCUCCACUUACCUGUCCAUACAGCUUGAAGGCAAGAGUUCUCUUACUUGCUCAUCUUGCCCGAAUGAAAAUUCCCGAGACCCUUGAAGAAGAUCAGCAGUUUAUCCUGAAAAAGUGUCCUGCUUUACUUCAAGAAAUGAUUAACGUUAUCUGUCAGUUGAUAAUAAUGGCUCGCAGCCGUGAAGAAAGGGAGUUCCGUGCUCCAUCAUUGGGAUCUUUGGAAAACUGCAUGAAGCUUUCCCAGAUGACUGUCCAGGGUCUUCAGCAGUUCAAAUCUCCGCUUCUGCAGCUCCCACACAUUGAAGAAGACAAUCAUAGGAGAGUUUCCAAUAAUAAAAAGCACAAAAUUAAAAGUAUCCAAGACUUGGUGAGUCUGAAAGAAUCUGACCGCCACAACUUACUACAUUUCCUAGAAGAUGAGAAAUAUGAUGAAGUUAUGGCUGUCCUUGGCAGUUUUCCACAUGUCACCAUGGAUAUAAAAUCACAGGUUUUGGAUGAUGAAGACAGCAACAAUAUUACAGUAGGAUCACUAGUCACUGUUUUGGUCACUUUAACAAGACAGACAAUGGCAGAAGUGUUUGAAAAGGAACAGUCCAUCUGUGCAGCAGAAGAACAACCUACUGAGGAUGGGCAAGGAGAUGCCAACAGAGUUAAAAGCAAAGGUUGGCAACAAAAGAAUAAAGGAACCAAGAAGGCUGCAAAAUCAAAGAAAAAGAAACCUUUGAAAAAGAAACCUGCACCUCCACCUUUGCAGCAGCCAAAACAGCAGAAACAAAAGCAAGCUAAUGGGGAAGUUGUGGUAAAGGAGGAAGAUGAAGACAUUUCUGAUAAAGGGAGUGAAUCUGAUGAAGAAGAAACUAACAGAGACUCUCAGAGUGAAAAAGAGGAUGGAAGCGAUAGAGAUUCUGACAGAGAGCAAGAUGAAAAACAAAACAAAGAUGAUGAAGCUGAAUGGCAAGAAUUACAACAAAGUAUACAGCGAAAGGAGCGGGCUCUUUUGGAAACCAAAUCAAAGAUAACACAUCCUGUUUACAGCCUUUACUUUCCUGAGGAAAAACAAGAAUGGUGGUGGCUGUAUAUUGCAGACAGGAAGGAGCAGACAUUAGUAUCUAUGCCAUAUCACGUUUGUACACUAAAAGAUAGAGAAGAGGUAGAACUGAAGUUCCCUGCACCAGGCAAGCCAGGAAACUACCAGUACACAGUUUAUUUAAGAUCGGAUUCGUAUAUGGGUUUGGACCAGAUUAAACCUUUGAAGCUGGAAGUUCAUGAAGCUAAACCAGUGCCAGAAAAUCAUCCACAAUGGGAUACAGUAGUUGAAGGUGAUGAGGACCAGGAGGACAGCGAGGGCUUUGAAGACAGUUUUGAGGAGGAGGAGGAAGAGGAAGAGGAAGAUGAUUAAACAGUACUACUAAUAGACUACAAUAUUUGCACACACUGCAAACAUUUAGUCUGACUGUGGAACUGUACAAUAAACAAGAAACACAGUGCAGAAGCAUUGAGAAGGCUGAGUUUAGUUUCUCUUUACCAAUUAUGAGUGCAUUAUGUGACUUCUCAGUGAAGGUCAAACAAAUCUGUUACUAUUGGUACAACUUGGAAGAUGCUUAUUGCCCAUUACAGCCUUUAAGUGCAGGAUGGUACAUUUGUUUCAAUUGAAAAUAAAAGCUUUUUUAUUAUAAA